AUGAGACACUCACGGGAGUUCCCUGAAGAAACUCUUGCUGCAUACAAGUUAUGGGCAUUCUCGUUGAUUGCUUCUGAAGAGUUCAUCUCAGUUGCACCACAUGGAAUCUAUCCAGUGAUGAAGAAUCCAGUUUUUAUCAAUCAACAUGAGAGGCAUCCUAUAGGACAUGAUAAUGGCAAGGUUUCGAUUACUUUCCCAUCAUUUUCAGGACCUCAGAUAUCGGUGCACCCAAGCUACUUCGUAAGAUUGCCAACAUCAUUUUCUCAAACAAAGCUAAAAUUUACUUCUUUCCCUCCUGUAAUUGUUACUUCCCCUCAAAAUUUUAACUCCUACCAAAAAAAAAAUGAAGCCUUGGUUGUCUUCCAUCGCCGUAGACCCUCUUCCCCGGUUCUCGUCCCCGCCCAUUAUCCCCGUAUGCUCCCCCGUCUCUCCCAUCGUGAUCGAGUCACCGGCCUCCGCGGCCUUGCCAACGAUUGUGGAUCCCCUCCUUACCCUGACAUGAUAACCGAGGCUAUUGGGGCUUUGAAAGAGAAUGAUGGGUCAAGCAAGAGGGCCAUUUCUAAGUACAUCGAGCUAACUUACAACCGCUUACCACUGAAUCACGAUGAGUUGUUGAGUGAUCAUUUGAGGCGCUUGAAGAACGAAUCUCAUCUCAUUAUGGUGAAGAAAUCUUACAAGCCUGCUAACUCGGCCGGAUCUGCAGCUUCGUUGAUGGGUUUUGCUACUUAUAACCUUUCCGACGCUUCUCCGACCUCCAAAAGUGGACGCGACUGUCCACCCAAGCCCAAGCCUACGGUUCCGGCUGCCGACUCCCACUCUCAAUCACUGAAUGCACCAGUUGCUGAUGAACCUAAGAAAUUCGUCGGUAGGCCCAGGAAAAAUGGACCCAUUGGUCAAGUUGGAGUUAGGAAGGGCCCGGGUCGGCCACCCAAAAGGUGUUAUGUCGGUGUUGCUCCUGCAACUACCACUGUUGAUGCUCCUAGUUUACCAAGGCCCAGAGGGAGGCCCAAGGGCACAACUCGAGCUACUUCCGUCACUGCGGUCCUGGGUAAGCGGAGAGGUCGACCACCUAGAGUUGGCGGGAACACUGAGCCGCAGCCGCCCAAGAAAACCACCGGAAUGCCGCAAUCAAAAGAGAAGCAAGCAGUUGAAGCACUCAGCAUUGUAAUGGGCGCAGUUCAAGAUUUAGAAGGACUUGCAGCAAUACACCAUUUUGAAAUGCUCCUCCGGUAA